UCAGGCUGCCUGAGGGGGGGGGGCUUUGUUAUAUCUCAAUUUCUAGUUCUUGUGAAACAGCUGGAGCGACUUGUCUGCUAGGGUUGCAGGAAUUGCCCCUGCACAGAAGAUCCUGAGAGGAAAUAAUGCAUGAGAGAUGCACUGAUACUCAUAGUCCAAGAUGGCUGAGGUGCAGUGUUCCCUCUAAGAGGGAUUCCCAGAUGUUGUUGAUUACAACUCCCGGAAUCCCCAGUUGCAAUGGCUUUUUGCUUGGGGAUUCUAGGAGUUGUAGUCAACAACAUUUGGGAAUCCCUCUUAGAGGGAACACUGUCUGGACAGCUGGCCGUUCUUGGCAGGCAAGUUAGGGUUAACCCUAACCCAUACCUGCCGUCUGAAAUUGCCCUCUACCUCCUGGUACGUAGCGGCGUUUGUUUUUCUAAUGGCCUGAUAAAUGUGACUGACUUCCCUUUAAGGCCUUAUGUUUUCUGGGCUUGGAAAUGGACUAGUGUUCCACCAAGUGCCCUGUUCUCAGACACACUUGAGUAUCUGGUUGUGCCCACUGCUGAGCUAGAUGUACUCCAUCCUCCUGCCUUGCAGGGCUUAACACUGUUCUUUGGGCAGCUGCCGAUUUUCAUUCCAGGUGAGCUGUGGUCUGUGAGGAAAGAGGACAAGGCACUUCUAUAAAUGGUUUGCACACCAGGGCAGGAGGCGAGAGGCUGUAGAACAAGUGGGCUUUUACAAAUUCCAUGCUAGGGAUCAUCAGGAAGGGGAUUGGAAAUAAAAAUGCUAGUAUGAUAAUGCCCUUAUACACAUUUAUGGUGCGGCCACAUUUGGAGUACUGUGUUCAGUUCUGGUCACCGUAUCUUAAGAAGGACAUUGUAGAACUGGAGAAGGUGCAGAAGAGGGCAACCAGGAUAAUCAGGGGCUUGGAGCACCUUCCUUAUGAGGCUAGGCUACAGCAUCUGGGCUCUCUACUUUGGAAAGGAGGCAACUAAGGGGAGACAUGAUAGAGGUCUAUAAAAUUAUGUAUGGUGUGGAGAGGGUGGACAGAGAAAAAUAUUUCUCCCUCUCUCAACACUCGAACCAGCCCAAAGGCUAGAAAUAUCAUUUUUAGAAAAGAAAUUGGGAUCUCAACACUCAGGAUGCUGAAUUCUAUGCCCAGAAUCCCAGGUCUAUGUUUGUGCUGUCUUGGAGUUCAUGCAGUCCUGAAUUAACUGUAAUCUGCCCUGAGAACUUGGGAUAGGGUGGGUAAAGAAAUAACUAAAAUGCUGGCAGAAGGAAAGACGUGAAGGAAUCUUCUGCCUGGGCCACAGUCGUCUGAGGGAAGGAAGAGUCUAUAGAUGCCAAGAAUGCCACAAGUCAUAAGCACAUGAGAGGAGUCCUACCAGGUCAGGCUGGGGCUGGGGGGUUCCUAGUCCAGCAUCCUCUUCCCACAACAGCUGCUCAGAUGCCUCUGAGGAGCCCACAAGCAAGGCACAAAGAGAACCGCCCCCCCACAUGUGCCCCCAAGUGGCUGGCAUGCAGUGGCCCACAGGAAGUUUUCAUGUAGUUGUUCAUAGUUUUAUUCUCCAUCCAUUUCUCCUCCUCCCUCCCGCUCCCUAACGUGGCUCAGGGUAGUCUGCAUUAAAAUCACAUAAUUAAAAAAUAACAUAAUACAUUAAAAACACAUAAUAAAACAAUUAAAAUUAAAACAUUUUUAAAACUAGAUUAAAAUUAAAACUAGAUAUCAUUAAAAGCCAGGCUAAAACAACGAAGGCCUCCAAGGAAGAUAAUCCUCUUAUAUCUGUGGGGAAUGCUUUCCACAACCCAGGGGUGAUAACUGAGAAGGCCCUAUCCCAGGUCACCACCUGACGAACUGGUGGCACCUGAAGAUGGACUCCUCCUGAUGAUCUUAAUGAGCAGUGGGGAUCUUGUAGCAAAAGGUGCUCUCUCAGGUAACCUGGACCUAAGCCAUUUGGAGUAAAGACAACAACCAGGGCAAUAACCAGGGACAAUAACCAACCAAUAACUAAUACAUUUGUUCUAAUCCUCUUUACAAGCCAUCAAAGCCAGGAGCUGUUACCAUAUCUUGUGACAGUGAGUUCCAUACAUUAAUUGUGUAUUGUGUGAAGGAGGACUUCCUCUUGUCUGUCCUGAAUUGAUCAGUUCCACUGGAUAACCCCAAGCUCUAGUAUUCUGAGAGAGGGAGUGAAACUUCAUGCCAUGCAUUAUCAUGUUUCCACUGGGGGUGUGCGCACUCUCUCUCUCUCACUCUCCCUUGAACUAAAAAGUCCCCAAUAUGUUGGCUUUUCUUUCAGGGAAAAUGCCCAACUCCUUGAUCAUUUUUGUUGCCACUUUCUGUACUUCUGUUACAUUAGUAUAUCAUUGCUCAAUCAGUCUCAUGGCAACUUUUCUCAGCUCUGCGAACUUCUCUUUGAGACUGGCAACCAGAGCUGUACACAGUAUUCCCAAUGCAGCCACAGCAUAAUGGGCAUCUCUGGGAAGCAGAAGAGACAGAUCUGUGUGGCCAUAACUUUCUGCCCGGCUCCUGGGAACUGCUACUUGCCAUCCUAGUCUCUACAGUUGUUAGUCUGGGCUGAUGGGUCGUGUCCUCCCCCCCCGCCCGCCUGCCUCCCCCAAAUCUUGAUGGGGAAGCAGGCCUCCUUCGAGGCCUUUCUGGAUUGUUGCUUUUUCCUGCAUUUGUGCAAAACAGACACAAGUAAAAUGGUGCCAGGUUUUCUCUAGAAUACUGAAAAUGAGCUGUUAUAGUGUGCAUUCUGCGUUCAGUGUUCAAAUGAAAGAUGUUAAUGCACCCAGCCUGUUCUUAAGAUAGCUGAAUCUGGUGAGCUUUAGAACAAAUGAGCAGUGAGGUUUGCACAGAGCUGAAGUGGAAUUGCAAAUAGUCUAGCCUGCCUCAGAGGGCUCGGGUUACACAGGCCUCAAGCAUGUGAGUUGCUCACUUUUUUCUCUCCCCCUGAUUGCUGCAGGGGCUUUCAGAAAGUGCAGCAGAAAUAAACUGGGAGAAGGAUGGUUGAAACUGCCCGGCCCACAGGACAAGAGGGGAUCACAUUUGCCUUCCGUUUGCUGAUGCAGAAGAUGGCCUCCCCACCCUGGAGAAUUGUCCCGGGAGAUGCCUGCGGGGGAUGCUGCCCAGGUGACGUUUGAGCCCCCCCUUGGCCUGUGUCUCCCUGGAGGAGCUGACAGAGAAGCUGUAAGGCGUUGGUGGAUGUGGUGAUGGAGAACUACGAGCUGGUCACUUCACUGGGCUACCCGGUUCUCAAACCUGAUCUCCUGUCUCGGAUUGAGCGUGCCGGAGAGCAGUGUGUUGGCGAUCAGCUGGACUCCAGCAGAGGGAUUCCAACAGAUCCAUGCCCAGGCUACCGUUUCUUCAAACCCGAGGGCUUAUCUUGGAUUGAACGCUGGGAGGAGCUGGGUGUUGCAGAUCGCCAGAAGCUGGAGGAAGGCAAGCUGUGCACAGGCUCCUGCCAAGGAGCAGCGGGGCGUGGCAAGGCCAUCAAGGAGGAGGAGGGUGGCCAGAAGGGCUUUGUCGCCAGCUUGGAGCGCUACCAGCUCUUUCCUGACAGCUCCCGAGCAGGGCUCUUCCUGGCCCCCAACAGCAUCCAGCCGCGGAGCCAGCCUCGGGUCAAGAAGGAGGAGGCCGCCUCCUGCGAGCCGGGCCUCUGCGGCCCCGGGCGCCCCUCCCAGGGGCUGGGCUCCGGGCCCUUUGCCUGUGUGGUGUGCGGGAAGUGCUUCCGGCAGAAGCAGGGCCUCAUCACGCAUGGGCGGAUCCAUACGGGCGAGAAGCCCUACCCGUGCCUGGAGUGCGGCAAGCGCUUCCGCCAGCGGCCCAACCUGCUGACCCACCAGCGGGUGCACACGGGCGAGCGCCCCUUCCCCUGCCUGCGGUGUGGGAAGCGCUUCAGCCAGAAGGCCAACCUGGCGGCCCACCAGCGCACCCACGCGGUCCAGGAGGGGCUGAUCAGCCCUGAGCCCAAAGCCCCCGUGCAGCGGGGCAGCCGCCAGACCGAGAAGCCCUUCCCUUGCAACGUGUGUGGGAAGAGCUUCAGCCAGCGGCCCAACCUCAUCACCCACCAGCGCAUCCACACGGGCGAGAAGCCCUUUGCCUGCACGGAGUGCGGCAAGCGCUUCAACCAGCGGGCCAACCUGAUCACCCACCGGCGCAUCCACUCGGGGGAGCGGCCCUUCCCCUGUGCCACCUGUGGCCGGCGCUUCAGCCAGAAGGGCAACCUGGCGGCACACCAGCGCACCCACUCGCAGCAGCGCCCCCAUGCCUGCAGCUGCUGCCCCAAGCGCUUCAAGGGCGAGUCCGCGCUGCGGGCGCACCAGAGAACCCACCGGCAAGUCCUGGGUGCCGAUCCUCUGGCUGGCACCCUCCUGGCAGCUCCCAGCCUUCAGCAGACCCUCCCUGGGGAGCCGGCCCCUGUCACCCAGCGGGCAACGCCAGCGCCCCGGCAGGAUCUGGCCGGGGAGGCGACUCCAGGUGUCCACCGGGGUGCUCCAGCCGGGCAGCAUGGCGCCCCCCACGGGCAGAAUCUCCCGGCAGACCCGGCGCCUGGGCCCCACGCGGCAGGCCCAGCUGGGCACCUGCAGGGAGUGGCCCCCGGCUCGGAGCAAGGGCCCAAGCUCAGCGCCCCCCCGCCAGCAGCAGCGAUGGAUCCCCACGCGGAGAUGCUGCAUUGCCAGCGCCGGCUGAGCCUGCCUGCGCUUCCCACCUCCAGCAGCGCGCACACCGCGGUCCCCAUGGGGCAGCCUCAAGUCGCCACCGCCAAGCAGAAGAGCAUUGCUGGGCCCCGGCCUGCUGCCGUGGAUGCCCCGAGCGAGAUGCUGCACUGCCUCUGCCAUGCCAGCAGGGCCUCCUUGGUCAUUCCUCACCCUCCCCACCUCGGGCAGCUCCAGCCGGGAAGCAGAGACGCCCCUGGCCGAGCCUGGCUGGGGAUUCCCUGCCCCACCCGCACCCUUCAGCUCCAGCAGGGGCCCCAGAGCCAUCCGGCAGCCCCGAACCCCAGACUGUGUUCCAUCCCGGACUCCCUGCGAUAGCUUCCCCCAAAGACGUGCGCUGUGCAAGCACAGAGUGUGUGGGGCUGGGCUACCCCUCGACACCGUAGACGUAGCCCUUGGGGGUUGGGCCGGGGGGUUCUUCAUGCAUGUAUCGUGGACAGGAGAGCCCUCGCAGGCCUGCGCCAGCUCCUCCUCGGUGGGAUCCUUUGCUCCGUCAGCAAGCGGCCUGGGAUGAGCCUGGCCCCUGGUAAAGAGCCACUUGGGCAGAGGCACGGAGCAGACCACGGACACCUCCCGUAAGAAGCGUGCACGCAGUGGGGAGCCUUGUGCCAAGUCUCUUGUUUCAUCCCAGCAAUGCCGCCACCCCUACCAUGGAGAACGGAGCGGCAGCCCUGUACUCACCCAACCACCCCUCCUCUGUGCAGUGCAGAUCUGCCUCCAUCCAUCACCAUGAGAGAGAGAGAGAGAGCCUCCACCCUCUGGGCUGGGGGGCGGCAGCAUUGCAGCGGGAGCCUUGGGAAAGGUGGCUUCGGCAGACAGUCCUCCUUCCUGUUCACCAACACGCCGCCGCCGCCUGCUGCUACUGCUCUCCCUGUGCUUCUCAAGGCAGCCGGAAGCUCGUCCUUGGCUUCUAGAGCAGAAGAGGCAGGUGCCAAGACGUGGCUCGGAGCCGGCCUCGGAGAUGCUGGGUGCCGCUGUGCCGUUGACAGAGGUUUCCUGCCUGCAACAGCGGGGCUCUCUAGGCAGCAGUUUCCAGGUAUCCCUGUGCAUGCUACAGCUGCUUGGAUCACUCCAGAGAUCACGGCCGGUCCCCCCCCGCUCCCUUUUCCUCGUAUGCCGGCGCAAGAGGGGAUCUCUGUGCGCAGCGCAGAAGAACUGUGCCGCUGGAACCAAAGGAGGAGCCCUGCAGGAGCAGCGGGGAUGAACUCUCCAGGAGGCAAGCGGGGAACCAGAGUGAGCCAGGAGUGGCCUGGGGCCACGGGGCAAGGGGCAAAGAUGCCCCCGGUCUUCCCUGCAGCCCUGCUGCUCCCUUUGACUUCCCUUGUCAAGGACACAGCCACCUCCAGUGGACUGGGGCUGGGAAGGCCGCCUGCCUCAUUAACCUAGCAUGCUCUGCCCUUGUAUGAAUGGCGGGGGGUGGCCAGACAUGUGUGCACCCAUGCUUCAAAAGUGUUGGGUGAUGACUGGGGGACUGUGCUGAGGGCCGGAGGGGACUGAACUCCAUAAGGAGGCGGGAGGGCCAAGUGGUUCUGCAAGGUGGGGACGGGAGCGGAAUUCUCCCUUCCUCUGAGCCGGAGGGAAGCCAGCCCUCCAAGAGGCCAGCCAGCAGCCGCCGCCUCUGUGCGAGCGCAAAGCGGGGCCACCCCGGCGGGCGGGAGGCGCAGCAGUGCAGGCGGGGCCCUCCCCCGCCUCUUCCUUCUCUCCGCAGCCUCGGAGGGUCUGCAACCUGCCCGUUGACCAAAGAGGAGGGCUUGGAGCGGGAUCUGGACAGUUGGGUGGGAGGGCUGGGGGGCCAGCAGCACUUCAGAGAGGGGGACUCCCCCCUGCCUGCUUCCGCCGCCCUCGUGGCAGCCCCAGGAGGCUCCGUGGCUGUGGGGCGCAUGCUCCUCUCCUGCCAGCAGAGCAACUACCAAAGCUCCUCUCUGAAAGCCGCCCUUCUGCUUCUAGAACCCCCCCAGCCAGUUACGGGGAAACCGGUGCCUUAAGCUCUCCGCUUCGGUGUGGAGUCCUGUCCUGGGCGGCUGCCGGGCUUGCUCUUGGACAUGCUUGCUGUGCAGGCGUGGGCGCCGUGCGCUGGCCGAGGGCAACGGGUGGCCAGGCUGCAGAGUGGCUCACAAGCCCCCUGGCCGCCCCCGCCCUGGACUAGAGCACAGAGGCCUCCUGUUCACCUGGGAGAGGCCAGAGCCCGCCGGGCUUCAACCACCCCGCUUGCUGAAGCCCCCCACGGAGGAGCGGAGCUCUUCUCGGGGGGGGGGGGGGGUGGCGGCCCCAGCUCCUCUCUGGAGAUGGGCUCCUUCGUUCUGAAGAGCUGUCGCAGAUUGGCUUGUGCAAUAGAAGGCAGGCCCUGAGGUGCCACUGGGGAGAGGCCGGCAGGAGGGGUUCUGUCUUGCCAUGCAAUACGGGGGGCGGGGGGGUUGGGGUUCCGCGUGGUGCUGUGUGGAAGGGGGCCCCCGGGCAGGCCUGAGUGCCAAGCGGCGUCUUCUGCAGGUGGGUGGGUCUGCUGUGCGCUCUUUCUCAGAGCUGUUGCUGCUGCUGCUGUGGGAGGAAGCUGCCAGGUGGGGGGCGGCUCCUUCCCUGCCUCCCCAGGCACUGCUGCCCGAGCAAGCGGGCAGCCCCCUCCUGAAUAGCGCCAAGAGUCGAAGGUGGGGCGCAGCCUUGGCGCACAGAUGCCAGGGGACCUGUGGGGCGUGGGCAGCAGGUAGGGCGGCGGCUGCUCCCUGCCUUGGGAAAGCGCCUCCGUUGCGUGGGCCACAGGGAGGCCCAGCGCUCCCUGCCCUCCGCCUUGCUGCGGCCAGGAGGUUUUGGAGCAGCUGGCGAGGGCAGUCUUGGAGUUCAGCCUGAGGAGGUGGGGAGAGCAGCCUUGUGCCAGCGAGCGAGAGGGGCUGGGACUGCUGGCUGCAGUGGAGGCGGGGGGCGGGGGGGGCGCUUCUUUCCUGAGCCCAGCAGAUGCGCUGCUGCUGCCGCUGCCGCCGCCCACUUGGAGACCAGGCAGUUGGGGGUGGAGGAGUGGCGGGUGGGUGUGGCCAUCCGCUCCUCUCACGCCAGGGCAGCCCAAGGGUGGUGCUGUGGGGACAAGGAGCGGCAGGUGUGAAGGCCUGGGACAAGCUGGCACCAUCCUGACUGGCUCUUAGCCACAGAAUCCUUCUUUUGACAAGGACGGGGAGAGCAAGGCGGGAAAGGGAUGGUGGUCUGUGGGCGGGGAGAUGUCCUCCCCCAGCUGCUGGCCUUUCACCAGACUCUGCACAUAGCUGGGUGCCUCUGGAUGGCCGGGAGGGCCAGGGAAGGACUCUGUGUGCGCAUCAGCUUGGGAAGCCCACUGGCGUGGGAGCGUGCUGCCCCGGGCUGCUGUUCCAGGGUUAAACUGUCCAGGCCUCUGGGUGGGGCGAGAGGGGAGCCCUUUGCGGUCCACAGUGGGAUGCUUGCUCUUAUGAGCUUGAUGGUGGCAAGGAGGCUGCAGGGUUGGCUCCUGGAAAACUCUCUUCCCUUAACCCUCUUGUGGGGUCGUAGAACGCCCAUUGCCAGGGGUGUGGUGUGGCUGGGCUGGACUCCUGGAUGCUAGUAAAAAUUCCUUGGACUGCAGACUGCGCACAUCUCUUGGUCCAGGGAGGAUUAUUUCCCCAGAAAGUAGCUUGUGUGUAUUGGGGAGGAGCACCAGCUCUGCUGCCCUGCUUGCUUGAGUCCCCCUUCAAGGAUACCUUUGUCCCACAGAUACUUUCUGAAGUGCACUUGCUCCAUAGUUGAGAUCAGAGCUCUGGUGUAAAUGGUCUGGUCUUGGCAACUGAUCACUUGGCCCUUGUUCAGCUUCUGGUUUCUGCCAGCCCUGCCAUUCGCCUCUUCAGGGGCAACAGCUCACAAGUGGUGUUCCCUCCACUUUUUUCCAUCUGUGUGCGGAAUGGGUUUUGUUCUGGGUGGCAGUAUCAAGGCUGUGUGUGUGUGUGUGCUCACAUACAUUCAGGAUGGGGUCUUCCUGAUCCAACCUAGGCAGGAUCAAAAAUUAACUGAGCGGACAUCCAAAAACUUGUGCACACAUGCAUGCCUUAGAGGGAACACUGCUAGUGAGCAGUGAGAGUAUCAUGGGUGGGUGGGUGGGUGGCCACAUGGCCAUUAGGAUCCCUUUGAAUUCUGCUUGUGAGGAAGGCGUCUAGUACACGCUCUAUGUAGACCAUCUCUUACUGCCCUUUGAGACCAGUAUGGGGGAUGUCUGUCCUGACCGCACAGUCGCACCCACCAGAUUCCUGCUGCAUAGCUGGUGCUGGUGUACUCUGCAAAAAAAUAUAUAGCAUACUGGGAUCUAUAUACAUGUGCCCUAAAAAGAACCAGCCAGAUCCUCCAUGAAACUAGCCAAGAGAAAGAAAAAACAUGUCCACAAUAUGAUAUAAACUUAACUAAGUUGAAAUGUAUAUUCAGUAUGGAUCAAUAGGAUGUAAAUAUAACAAU